AUGUCCAGGCCGGCCAUGAAGCACCAGGCCGUUCGUCACUUGAAGGGAGCGCUGGCGUAUCCCCGAGCUCUGCGAUCAAUGCCUUUGAACCUCGCAAGAUGCUAUUCUACACACCCGCCGAAUGCGAAGCUGAACCUUCCAGUUGACUACGCGACAACUCCCUUGCUGGCUCACACAUCCGAGGCCGCGAAGAGGAACAAGGAGAUUCCGUCCGAUGUCCUCCAUGGCGCGACCAAGAAGAUGAACCUCUUCCAAGCAAUCAACGACGCGUUGAAUACCGCCUUAAUAGAGGACGAUACAGUUUCCGUAUUUGGCGAGGAUGUUGCCUUUGGCGGUGUCUUUCGAUGUACCAUGAAGCUGGCAGAAACACACGGAGCCGACAGAGUAUUCAACACGCCGUUGACAGAGCAGGGCAUCCUGGGCUUUGCCGUUGGCAUGGCCGUUGAAGGAAUGCGGCCUGUUGCCGAGAUCCAAUUCGCCGACUACGUCUUCCCUGCCUUUGACCAGAUUGUCAAUGAGGCGGCGAAGAAGCGAUACUACGAGGGUACCAAUGGACGAAGCGCUGGAGGUAUGACAGUGCGCAUGCCCUGCGGAACUGUCGGCCACGGUGGAUUGUACCACUCUCAGUCUCCAGAGGCCUUGUUUACUCAUGUUCCAGGAUUCAGAGUAAUCAUGCCUCGAUCACCUUUACAGGCCAAGGGACUAUUAUUAGCUGCCAUCCGAAGCAACGACCCUUGCAUCUUCAUGGAACCCAAGAUCUUGUACCGAGCAGCAGUAGAAGAGGUCCCCGUAGCGGCCUACGAACUGCCUCUAUCGAAAGCAGAAAUCCUGAAAGAGGGCAAGGAUGUCACAAUAAUCUCAUACGGCCAACCGCUAUACAACUGCAUGUCAGCAAUCAAGCAGAUUGAGCAGGAUCUAGGUGUCUCAGUCGAGCUGAUUGACCUGCGGACCAUCUACCCCUGGGACAAGAAGACUGUCUUUGAGAGUGUGCAAAAGACUGGAAGAGUGUUGGUGGUCCACGAGUCCAUGGUGAAUGCCGGUGUUGGUGCUGAGGUGGCUGCGGCCAUCCAGGAGAACCCCGAUACCUUUAACAGGCUGGAAGCUCCCGUGGCCCGCGUUGCUGGAUGGAGUAUCCACAAUCCAUUGAUGUUUGAGAAGUUUCACGUUCCAGAUAUUGCAAAACUGCCCCUCUGCUUUGGCGCCCCGCCCAAAGCUGCCUCAACUCCUAAUAGACCUCCCCUGUAUGCGGUCAUGUCACACAUCGAGACUGUUUCUGCCUUUGUGGAGGGAGCCCCUCCUGGAGAGCUCGCAGAUGUCAUUGCUGACAUCAAGGCCCUGACCUCCGAGCCCAACAUUGUUGCGGAGCUGACGCCGGCGUUUGAGAAGUACAACGAAGAGCAAUUUAUCACACUGAAGCUGCCGGGAAGCAGCGAGCCGAAAGCCAGUGCGGUGCAGAGCCAUGUCCUGGAAGGGCCACAAGCAGACUUGGCCAAGUCGACGCUGAAAAGCUUAGGAGCCUAUGUCAAGGAGCAUUUCCCCAACGCUUCUCUCGGCGUAUAUCCCAUUGAAUCCGACUCCAAGCUUGCCAUUAUCGUUGUUGCAAACAAGUACAGCCCUAACAACUUCUGGAAUGGCCGAUGGAGAUCACUAUACAUCUUCGACCCGAGCUCCGGAAGCCUCGAGGGCUCGAUCAAAGUCGACGUGCACUACUACGAAGACGGCAACGUUCGACUGCUCAGCAACAAGCCCACACACGCAUCCAUCAGCUCUGGUACCGGGGCGGGCAUUGCCAAGGAAAUUGCAUCGACGGAGAAGAAGUACCAAGAAGAUCUCAACAAAAGCUUCGUGAGCCUGAGCGAAGGCGCAUUCAAGGGCCUGCGACGACAGCUGCCCGUGACGAGACAAAAAAUUGAGUGGGACCGCGUGACUGGUUACCGCUUGGGACAGGAUAUUGGAGGCGGCAGCUCAAAGCGAUGA